AUGGCAGAGACAGCUAGUCUUGAUUUAAACAAUGCUGUGGGGUAUCCCAUGAUUGGGAUCACGUUCAAUACGGUAUUUUAUGGUAUUGCAGUCGCUCAAAUAUGCUAUUAUACACACAACUAUACCAAGGAUCCUACAUGGCUGAAGACACUGGAUAACCGAUACGUUCAAGGAAAUAAGCUGCAUCGUGAUGCUUUGGUGCUUGCUUGUUCGACACCACGCCGAUCCCGCUGUGUUGUACUCAGUGCCCAUAUCGAGCAGAUUGUGGAUUAUGUGGAAAGCGGGACAGUGCAAUGGUACGCAGAGGAAUUCCUCUGCAUCGCAUUGCCACUGACUUAUCCGCAAAGCUAUUAUAUCUACAUCAUCUGGACAAUGAGUCUCUUUGUUUUUCGACAUAAACAUGCACUCGCUUACAACAUUCUUAAGGCGUUGAUGUCCGCGACAUCCUUAGCCUGUGUUUCGGCUGCAAUGUAUUACCUGAGUAUCGAGGAUACAGUCGCACUCCAGAACGUCGAUAAACUCACGAUUGCGCUCGAUGUCAUCUCGCUCUUGACGGAUCUUCACAUCACCGUUUCGCUUUGUGUCAUCUUCCGCAGCGCCCGGAUGCCCUCGCAGCCGAAUGCGACUGGCCGCUCGGAAGGUAUCCUCGGCAGGCUGACAAAAUACACCGCAAAUCGCGGUAUCCUUCUCUGUGUGGAUCAAGCAAUACAGUUAGGAACUUUUAUGUUGAAUUACAAGACGGGAACGGAUGCGGGUGCGAUUGUUUCAUUCUCGCAUGGCUCCCUAUACUUCAAUGCAUUUCUUGCUAUACUGAACGUGCGCCAUCAUAUAAACGAGGCUGGAGAACCUGCCUCAAUACUUGUAUCCUCCUUCAUCGUGAGACGGAGCCCAUCACCGCGUAGCGUCGACGCUUCCACGGGAGCGUCUCUGCCCCACCGCUCAAUGGAGAUGCCAACGAUGGCCUUGGAGUCAUCAUCAUCGACACAAGGCAAGGCACAGCAAUAA